GACAGAAGUGACAAAGGCACUACAGACAUUGCUGCACAGACCACAACCCGCCCAACAGAGGCAAAAGCUACUGCACAAAAUUUUCGCAGAAAACCUGGGAUACUUCUUCAGAGAUCUGACACAGGCGCAAGCCCAGUUUCAAUUUCUCAAAACCCUGGACAGAGGAGACUGACGACCUGUCUCCUUCAUUUCUCUCUCUCUCUUGCUUCCUCACUUUCUCCCAGUAUGGCGGCGUGGGACCUGUCAGUCUCAGUGGAGGACCUGGGGCCUGAAGCCCCACCUGUCACCAUCAGCGUGACCUCUGACCUCCAUGUCGGAGGAGUCAUCCUCAAGCUGGUGGAAAAGACACAGAUUCAACGUGACUGGUCGGACCACGCACUGUGGUGGGAGCAGAAGCAGAAGUGGCUGCUGCGAACAGCCUGGUCUCUGGAGAAAUAUGGCAUCCACGCUGACGCUCGCCUGUUCUUCAUGCCCCAGCACAAGCCCCUGAAGCUGGGUCUGCCCAACGGCAUUACUCUGAGGCUCCGUGCCUGCUUCUCCAGCCCAGUCUUCCAGACUGUGAUGGGCAUCUGUAGAAUGCUCAACAUCCGUCACCCCGAGGAGCUCUCCCUCCUUCGGCCCGUAGAGGAGAAAAAGAAGAAGAAAGAUAAAGACUCGACAGAGGAGAUCUACGACCUGACCGAGGUGCCCCUCUCCUCGGUGUCCCGGCCCUGUCUGUAUAACGGCAUGCCAGCUCACUUUGCUGACUCACCUGAGAUGGAGGCCAUCUACAAGAUGCUGUCAGUUACUCAGCCUCCCCCCGCCCCAGAGGUCAUAGCCAAGCAGUACCGCCCAGCCAGUGUGGUGGACAAGGCCCACAUCAAUGGCAGAUGGUUGGACUCAUCCCGUUGUCUUAUGCAGCAAGGCGUUCAAGAAAAUGACCGACUCUGGCUUCGCUUCAAAUACUUUGCCUUCUAUGACAUAGAUCCCAAGUACGACAUGGUGCGUCUGACCCAGCUGUACGAACAGGCUCGCUGGGCCAUCCUGCUGGAGGACAUCGACUGCACUGAGGAGGAGAUGAUGCUCUUUGGAGCUCUACAGUACCACAUCAGUAAGGUGUCUCAGUCAGAGCCCCAAAUGCUGAGCUCCAGUGCAGCCAUGGACGACCUGGAGUCAGCCCUGCUGUCCCUGGAGGUCAAGAUGGAGGGAGAGAGCAGCUCUGCAUCUGAGAUGCUGGAAAACAUGACUGCACCAGAACUCAACGACUAUCUGAAGAUAUUCAGACCAAAGAGGCUGACACUGAAGGGAUACAAGCAGUACUGGUUCAAGUUCCAGGAUACCUCCAUCUCUUAUUUCAAGAGCAAAGAGGAGAGCAUCGGAGAGCCCAUUCAACAGAUAAACCUAAAAGGAUGUGAAGUGGCUCCGGACGUUAACAUGGCCGCACAGAAGUUCCUUAUCAGACUCCUGAUACCAGCGCCUGAGGGUAUGAAUGAGGUCUAUCUGCGCUGUGAAAACGAGCAGCAGUAUGCUCAGUGGAUGGCUGCGUGUCGGCUGGCCUCCAAAGGCAAGAGCCUCGCAGACAGCAGUUUCCAGAGUGAAAUACAGAGCAUCCACUCUUUCCUGGCAAUGCAGAAGACCAAGUCCGGUUCCAGUGCACCUGCCAAUGAUGAAAGCAUCAAUACCCACAGUCUGGUAUCACCACGCUACCAUAAGAAGUACAAAGCCAAGCAGCUGACUCCUCGUAUCCUGGACGCAUACCAGAACGUGGCUCAGCUCUCACUGACUGAUGCACUGAUGCGCUUCCUGCAGAUCUGGCAGGCCCUGCCUGACUUUGGCCUCUCAUAUGUCGUUGUGAGGUUCAAGGGUAGCCGAAAAGACGAGGUUCUGGGCAUUGCCCCAAACCGCCUGAUCCGCAUCGACCUGGGGGUGGGUGAUGUGGUCAAGACCUGGCGCUACAACAACAUGAAGCAGUGGAACGUCAACUGGGACAUACGACAGAUGGCCAUUGAGUUUGAAGGUAAUGUCAACAUUGCUUUUGGCUGCGUGACUGCCGACUGCAAAAUUGUUCACGAGUUUAUCGGAGGCUACAUUUUCAUGUCAACGCGCAGUCGUGAGAAGAGCGACAAGCUCAAUGAAGAACUCUUCCACAAGCUGACUGGUGGCCAUGAAGCUCUCUGAGACUAAAGCUCACAAACAGAUGCCCUCGUGAGAACGUCUGUGUAUCUAAACAAUGGAAAACAACGUGGAAUGGGACUUUUUAUGAUGCAUUUAGGUAACCACAAAAGAACAGAAGAGAAUAACAAAGGGUCAAAAUAAGAUAUCCUGUUAAUGUGUAAAUGUGUAAACCAACCUGGUCAGUCCAGUUGUUAUCUAGCCUUUGUUCCACACACACACUGUUGUUUGUAAGCUACAUCAGUGGAUGGAAGACUUUUACAUGUUCAGACAGUUCAAGACUCUAGAGUUCCUCAUACUGACUUCCACUUUCCUUCAUGAUGGACUGCUGCUGAGCCAAACUACUGGUCAUCUGGUUCAGCAUCAGCAGCCCUUAAUCAAACUCAUAGAGAUGUAAAAUCAGCACUUGGAUGCCUUUACUUUUUCAGCUCCUAGACUUAUAAUCAGUAUUGUUCAGGAUGCAAAUCCUCACUUUGUCCAGAGCUGCAGUCUUAUUGUCACUUAGACUUGUUUUAGAAAUGAAUGGCUCAUUACAGCAGCUACAUUAUUAAUGCCAAGAAUUAAAAACAAUGAGAGUAUGAAACGCAUGCCAAUAUUAAAUGUUUACCACAUAAACCUAUAAAUAAAUAACCAUUUAUUAAAAUAACGACAGCAA